AUGACAUCAAUAUCGACUUUCCCUCAUUCUUCACAUUCACCUCAUAUCGCAUCAGCUUCACCUAAUCCACUUCAUAAUCCCCAGUUAUCACAUGUCUUGGUACCUGAAAGUCCAUUGAUCGAUCUGACGAUGUCAAGUCCUGAUCAUAGGGGGCUACAGGCUGAGACAGCUAGUAUAGCUUCUUCUACUGGAACAGGAGUGGAAGGAGUAAGGAGUAGAAGUGAAUUGAAGAGAUCAGGAUCACAUAGACGAGGACCACCCGAACCUCGAUUCCUCUCCGACCCAUCGCCCGAGAAUAUCCUUCCUCUUCUUCAAGCUCAGGAAUCCCCUAAUAAUGACGAUGAUGGUCAGAUGGGCAGGGAGUUGAGGAUAGGGUUGAUUUUAAGGAGAGCACUGAAAUUCGGCGUGGAGAGAUGUGAUUCUGAGUUGAUUGGAUGGUUAGUUGGAUUAGAAGGAAGAUGGGCGGAUAUACUUGAUAAUCAAGCUCAGCAAUUGGAAGAUGAAGAAGGAUGGGGAUUGGUGGGGAUGGCAAUUCAAGCUUCUUGUGGUAGACAGGAGACUGAAGAAUGCGUUAGGAUCAUCGUCGGUAGAUGGGGUUUGGAAGUGGGGCAACGAGGUGGGAGAGAUAGAACCGGAUGGACACCUCUACAUCUAGCAGCACUGAUUUCAUCCCCACCACUCAUAUCCUUCCUCCUAUCUCGAGGUAGCUCACCCCACGCCCUGACGAAUCGCGGUCUCACACCAUUAGAUCUCAUAGUGGGUAUGCCAGAUAAAGAGGACGUAGCGUUAUUCCUAGAACACGCAACAUGUUAUGGAGAAUCAUCCUCAACUCUCAAAACAGCUACUGCACUCAUACCUCAUUUCCCACCAGCUCGUCAAGCAAUGCUGGAAAGGCGUCGACGACAUGCCACCCUCAAGAUGGAGGCUAUCGAAAGAGAAGAGAGGCGUAAUCGGUUGGAAGUUGAAAGAGAAACUUGGCUUAGGGAAAGAGCGAGGAUGGUCGAUGUGGAUCCGGAGUUGUUGAUCAAACCAUUGCCUACGAAACGGGAGAGUAAGACUCCAUCGGAUGAUAGUGGUUUGGGAUGGAUGGGGUAUGAGUUGGAUCUCGAAGAGGAAAGAAAGGAUGAUGAUGAGAGUGAAUAUGGGUUGGAUGAAGAUGAUUUUAACGUGAAUCAGUUAGACCUCAAUUCAAAUAUGCUGGUAUUCUCCUUAUCACACUUGCCUAUGAUAUUCGAUAUUCUCAUCCUGAAUUACGCGCCUGUAUGCCAACCGCUACAAAAACGAUCGUUACCUGCCAAUGCACUUUACCUGUAUGCUAGAUUCGCUCAUUACAAAUGCGAUGAGGGGUGGUUGGAGGAGCUCAUUGAAGGUGUUGUUGAGACUAUCGAAGAAGGUGUACAUAACAAUGUCGAAAAUCUCGCAUAUCUUGCCUUUUGGGCGUACAACUCGUCGGUCCUGCUUCACCUUCUGAAAUCUGACCCGGGAAUCAAUGCUGCUUGUGAAGAGAUGAGCUUGUUAGGUAUGAUGGAGGAGCUGAUCAACGCGAUUCAUGUAUUUAUCAUUCGGGUUGCUGAGAGACGUAUCGACAUCUACCUCGACGCUGCAAUCCUCGAUUAUGAGACACUGGAAGAUUUCAACGAUAUUCGAUUCGAAGGUGAAUGGUCCAUUUUCAGAUCCUUCGCACCCAAAAAGAAGCGCGAAACACCUCGAGCCGCUUCCAUCUUCGCUCCCAGUCCCAGUCAAGUCAACAGCAUCCAUGAUUCUCCUGCUUCCUCAUCUGUAUUGAGCACACCGCAGCGUACACCGAACCGACAUCAGUCAAUGAGCGAUCUUCGACUCGGAGCUGGUACACCUCGCUCAAUAUCGCACGAAUCCAGUAUCAGUGGUGCAUCUGGACACUCCCAUACACCAACGGUAGAAGUUGAGUUGAAUCCUUCUCGAAUAACAGAUAUCCUCUCCGGAGUUCACCUCAUACUUCAGCUAUACGAAGUUAAUCCCGCCAUAGUGGUUCAAGCCUUCUCUCAAAUAUUCUUUUGGAUCUCCUGCGAACUAUUUAACAGAAUAUUGGCACAGAAGAAAUACCUCUGCCGGACAAAAGCUCUUCAGAUCAAGAUGAAUAUAACGGCUUUAGACGAUUGGGUACGAGCGAACGGUCUCCCGGUCCAAACAGCUACGAAGCACUUAGAACCUGUCAGUCAGCUCCUUCAGUGGUUGCAGUGCCUCUCGCAGAUCAAGGAAUUCGACACUUUGAUCGGUACUAUGCAAAAUAUGAGAGCCAUCAACCCAUUACAGAUGAGACGAGCAGUCAGAGACUACAAGUACGAAGUGAACGAAGGGAAGAUGAACGAGGAAUGUGGUCAAUACCUUGCUCAACUCCAGAAAGAUUGGGAGAAACGCAGAGUUCAGUUCAGUGUACAAGAAGCUGAAAGAAGGAGAUCCCAUGGGUCGCUAUCCGAUCAUAGUUCCAGUCAUUCACAUGGAGGACCACCGAUGUCGGAUGUAUCUCUGCAGUCCAACAUAGACGAUUCUACGCCUAUUGAUGCUUUAUUCGACGGUUCAACAGCAUUAGGUGAAUUCGUACCUCAAUCAGCACCCGAAUGUCUAGGUGAAUUAUUAGAUAGUCGAUACAUGUUACCUUUUGUCUUACCUAAUGACAAUACGUAUCUUAUCGCUUCACCACCUCGAGAUGCCGCAUAUAGAAACUUGUUGUUACCUGCCAGUCCAUUUAUAUCUGACGGAUCUGGAAGUUCGAGACCACCUUCCAGAUCUAGUUUCUCAUCUUCUAGACCUAUGGGAUGGUCAUUACCGAAGCAGAGAAAAUUGAGGGAAUUACCGAUGGAUUUCUUUGAAUGGCUGAAAGGGAAAGAAACGGAUUACAAAUUGAAUAGUGAUGCUUGGGCAUUCAAGCAGAAGAGAGCCAUCCCAUCGACAAAUCCGGAAGAUGAUGAAGAUGACCGAGUGGCUACUAUUAAAGAUAUUAGGGAUUUACCAAAGAAGAUAGAAAGGAAACGAUCAAUUGAAAAAUCACCUACGCCCACACCAACUCGACCCGUCGUAGAUACGAUCAAAGCGAAUGAAGUUCAACUUCAGGGAUUAUUACCUUCGUUGACUGAGGAUGAAGAAAAGACACCUAUAAGUCAUAAAAAUGGAGUGGAAUUGCCUAGUUCGAGAUUAAGAAGUAUGAAAUCGAUCGAACAACUUAGAGAAACUUCAAAAUUAAUCCAAUUCGAUAAUCCUUCUUCUUCCUUUGGAGAUAGGAAAGGACUGGGACAUGAAAGAUCAGAAUCGUUCGAACUGAAAUUACGGAUGCAGAGAAAUUCUUCGGGAUCGUACAUGUCUCCUAUGACAAGUCCGAAUCCAUCAUCUAUGAAAUCGCCUACUCUCAGCCAAAUGUCAGAAAGUUCAGGUGGAAGUGGAAGUGGGGGAAAGAAGAAAUGGUGGAAAUUGGGUAAAAAGUUGAGUACGAUCAAUCUAAAAGAGGAAUUUUCAGUUAAUUGGGAUAAGGAUCAAGAUGAAGAUGGAUUUGAUAAGAGGAAGAUUAGAGAAGGUAGUGAAGAUACGAUUGGACCUGGAGGCGGAUGGUAUAGUCGGAAUGAGAUAGAGAUGAGAACACCUGUUAAAAGCUCUGGUAGUGGAACACCUGGGAGAGAGAGGAACAGCUUUUUCAGUUGA